GCGGGAUCUGUCCCCAUGGAAACGAGAGCCCGGGCCGCCGGAACGCCACCGGGCUGCCGCAUCGUGACGCGCAGGUCCUCGGCGGGACCCCCGGGAGCGAUUCCCUUUCCUCACUUCCACGCGCGGUUUCCAUCUGAGAGGCGGCGGCUCCUCUCACGCCGCCGGGACGCAAGAUGAAGUGGCGAUCUCUCCUGCCCCAACAAUGUAUUUUGCUGAUACCAUGUCUCCUAGUGGCUUUGGAAGCUGUACCUAUAGACAUAGAUAAGACAAAAGUCAAAGGAGAAGGUCACGUGGAAGGAGAGAAGAUAGAAAAUCCAGAUACAGGGCUCUAUUAUGAUGAAUAUCUCAGACAAGUAAUUGAUGUCUUGGAAACAGAUAAGCAUUUCAGGGAGAAGCUCCAGACUGCUGACAUAGAAGAAAUAAAGAGUGGAAAACUAAGCAGAGAGCUUGACUUAGUAAGCCACCACGUGAGAACACGACUGGAUGAACUCAAGCGACAAGAGGUGGCAAGAUUAAGAAUGUUAAUUAAAGCCAAAAUGGAUUCUGUUCAAGAUACUGGCAUAGACCAUCAGGCUCUCCUUAAACAGUUUGAGCACCUGAACCAUCAGAAUCCUGACACGUUUGAGCCUAAGGACUUAGAUAUGUUGAUCAAAGCAGCUACAAGUGAUCUGGAGAAUUACGAUAAAACCCGCCAUGAGGAAUUCAAGAAAUAUGAAAUGAUGAAAGAACAUGAGAGGAGGGAGUAUUUAAAAACAUUGGAUGAAGAAAAGAGGCAGCGCGAAGAAUCCAAAUUUGAAGAGAUGAAAAAGAAACAUGGAGAUCACCCUAAAGUUCACCAUCCUGGAAGCAAAGAUCAAUUGAAAGAGGUAUGGGAAGAAGCGGAUGGGUUAGAUCCAAAUGAGUUUGACCCCAAAACAUUCUUCAAAUUACACGAUGUCAAUAAUGAUCGUUUCCUGGAUGAGCAAGAAUUGGAAGCUCUGUUUACAAAAGAGCUAGAAAAGGUUUAUGAUCCGAAAAAUGAAGAGGAUGACAUGGUUGAAAUGGAAGAAGAGAGGCUGAGAAUGAGAGAACAUGUAAUGAAUGAGGUUGACAUCAACAAGGACAGAUUAGUAACUUUGGAAGAGUUCCUACGAGCUACAGAAAAAAAAGAAUUUUUGGAGCCAGAUAGCUGGGAGACACUAGAUCAACAGCAGCUCUUCACUGAGGAUGAACUGAAGGAAUUUGAAAGUCAUAUUUCUCAGCAGGAAGAUGAACUCAGAAAGAAGGCAGAAGAACUUCAGAAACAGAAGGAGGAACUACAGAGGCAGCAUGACCAGCUUCAGGCUCAGAAACAAGAGCUUCAGCAGGUUGUAAAACAGAUGGAACAAAAGAAACUGCAGCAAGCAAAUCCGCCUGCAGGACCAGCUGGAGAACUGAAAUUCCAGCCCCCUGGCGAACACAAAAUUGAAGAAGCACCAAAACAUCCUGCAGGAGGUGAUCAGCCUUUACCACCAGGACAUAUCCAAGAACCAGCUGCUAGAACUGAUCAAGUUCACCCUUAACCACUCGUGCCUCAACUUUAUAGCAUCUUUAUUAUUUUGGGGGGAGGGUAAAAGGCAGGAAAGGGAGAGGGACACAAAAAGAAAAAAAAGGGUAAUGAACUCUCCACUUUCUUUCCCAGAUUGUAAAAUCACUGGGAAUGUUAGAGAUUAAAUAUCAAUCAGACUUGAAUCAUAAAUCAAUUUUCUCUCCAGUACAUCAGUAAGAAAGGCAGUGGGGAUUAUUUAGCAGCUAUAAUGGAGGAAAAAAAAUAAGGAAACUUAUUAUUAAAGGUUUUUAUGGCCAAGGGACUCAGCUCUUGGACUUCUCUGUUAUGAAAAGAGGGAGGAGAUGUCUGCCAUUGUGUGUUUAGGCAUGAAUUGCUACCUUUUCUGAGAAGCAGCAGCAAACUGAACUGAAUAUCAAGUUAGGUCUUGUUUUAUGUAGAGACUCUUUCCAGAAAUGUUGAGAAGCAAAGUACAGGGAAACAGAUCAUAGACAAAGGCCUACCGUUCCCAGUACUACCAACCCCUUUCUUUUGAGACCAAAUAAAACUGAAAAUUCUUACUCUCAACUUUUAGAAAAUUUGCACUUUCUAAAAUUUAACCACCACAAACAAUUGCAUGGAACAGUGAAUACUUUUCAUGUUUACAGAAGCCUAAGAAUUUCACUGUAAGCCUUCAAAAGGAAUACUGUACUUGUAGUGGAUUGGUCUGAACUCUCCUUGUUAAGAUUAAUUCUGUGUAGCAUUGGCUCACUCAUUUGGCUCUGGGGAUAGUUCUUUUGUCCGUUUCUUUCAUCAGGUGCCAAGUGAUCUCAAAAUUUUGCAUGUGAUUAAAUAAGCUUUUUAUGUUGAUGGAAAUUUGUACAAAACAGAACAAGACUCACUGUCUUUUUCUGCACAGAUUUUCCUACCUCUUGUGGUAAUACCAGAUUUUUCAAAAUGCACCAUGUGCUUCUAAAAGCUGUUCUCAGACAUGAAUCUUUGACUUAUUAAGAGUCUCACUGUUAAUAUGUAUUUGUCUUUCAGCAGUUAGUUGAUGUAGGUUUCUGAAAUGUCUAAAACAAGGGUGCUACUUGAUUGUAUUAUUUUGGUACAGAACCAGGAUAGCUCCCUCAUAUCAUAAGCCAAGAUUUUUCAAAAACCAAACAAAAAACCAACAACAAAACAAAAACUCAGCAGCAAAAGUUGUCUUUCCUGUGGGUUUCGCUAUAAUGUCAAAAAGCUGUGUGAUUGUCCUUCCUUGUCAUCCACUUCAGACCGAGUGUAAAGCCUCCUUCUUUUUCUAGCUUUGUGUUUGUUUGUUGUUGUUAAAAAAAAAAAAAAAAGGAUUGCUCUGAUUGUAUAACGUUGGCUCUGAACUGAUAUACACACACCUUGGCAAGCAUCCUUUGUAUUUUCUUCCACUUCUGUGGCUAAUUGCUUACACUGUCAUUCAAAGAGAUCAUUUGGGUUUUGAGCAAAGAAAUAGGCACGCAUCUCCUAAGAAAAGAUGUUCCUUUCAGAGUAAUAGUCAAACAUUUUAGGCAAACUCAAAGACAGGUGGCAGUUAAAGUUUUGUAUUGAUAUUUGAUAUUUAAGUUUCUCACUGAAGACUUGUGAUUGAUAGAGGCUAGUCAUAUUCCUUACAUGCUUAAUGCUUCUUGCAGCAGAAUCGAGCAUAUUCAUGUUCUUUACACAAUGUAACAAAACUCAUUGCUGGAAUAGAUUAGGUUUCUUUCUCUGUUUAAUCUUGUUAAUUAUGACAUCACAUUUCAUUCAUUUCUACCAGUCCAGCAAUUAGAUUUACUUUGUUGUUGUUCUCUCUGCGAGUUGUCAGUAUCUUAAUUUGUUUCUAAUUUUAGUUUCAAAAAGCCACUGUUUGUUACUUCCAUGUAAUUCUAACAUCAGUUUAUAUCUUUGUCAGGAGGCUGAAGUAUGUUUCUACAACUGUUUGAGAGAACUAGACAUAGUUACAACUACAACCAGAGUAACAUCAUUUCCCAGUGCAGAGUCUUGGCUUUAGGGCUGUAAGCAUAAUAAUCAGGAGCAGAGCAAGGAAAGAGGAGAACAAAGGGUGAGUGAUUCUAACAUCACAAAAAAAGGAGGGAACAUUUUUCCUUCUCCUUGUACCACAUGAAAUUUUACAAAGACUGAGUGAUGCAGCAGGAGUUUUCACAGAGAAUCAAGGACUGAAACUUUGAAUGCAUUUCUACCAUACAAAUCAUUCUUCCCUCAUGUUACAUCUGCCUCAUCACUAAUGUUACUAUAGGUAAUGCAGCAUAUGCUCUCAAGUGCUUGCCACAGUUCAAGCUUUGUUUUCAUUGCAGCGUUACAUUUCAGUUUUAAGAAUCUCACUCUCCCUGAAAUGGAAGAAAAGUAUUUUAUCCCCUUUACAUUAUUUACUUUUAAAUACACAGAGAAUUUUAUAAAGAACUGUUGUAACAUGGGUGCUGAACUCGUCUCAUGCUAGCCACAAGGUAAUGUAAGUUGUGUUUGAAGCAGAUGCCUAGAAGAAGCCAGAGUUUUCAUUUAUUAUUUCAUCAUGAGUUAACAAGAGUUCCCAGUUUUACAUUUCAACUAACCACUGAGCUGCAUUCAGCAUAAAAUAAUGCAUAUCUUUCAUUCCAUUGCUGUCUGGUACCUAAAUGUUCUUGUCAGUGUUAAUUUUAUUGAUAGGCUUGCAUUUUAACAAUAAACUUAGGUUCAUUUUUUAGAAGUAAAAACAGGCAGUUUUCUAAACUUUAGAAUUACUGAUUGGAUUUAUUUCUUACAAUGAUCAAAGUUGUAGUCCAGCUGUCAGAUGUUUGUGCUAAAUUGUGAGGAAGUCAAUGCCUUAGUUCACAGUAACACUUCAGUCUCCUACUGAGCAGACACUAAAUUUGCUGCCUAAACAUUUUUGAGAUGAGAGUUCAAAUUACAAAUUCAUACUUGUCUGUCCAAUUCAGAAUCUGAUAUGAAUCAUUAUCUGUUCCACAUGUCUGCAUAGAUAGCAAGGACUGAGUGGGUAUUUUCCCAGAAGAUGGUCAGUCAGGUCUGGUCUACCAGCAAACAGGCCUGACCUGGUACUGCCCAUCUUGUUGUCCUCUGGGGAAAGGACAUUAUUCUUCAGACCUAAGCUAACGAGGUCUCAAUCUGAGCAUAAUCAAAUUAUUUUUGAGGAUUAAUUCUGAGAUAAACUUUAUCUCACUGUAAGGAACAUCUGACUUAGAAGUUAUGCAACAUGCUAAAGUCCUACCUACACCUGGGGCAUGUAACUGAUUUGACCCUUCUUUAACACAGCUUGUUUUCAACGAUGACAUCUUUCAUUAGAUUCUCUUGUCCACAACAGAGACUGAAAGUAUUACAUUAUCCACUUAAAGCAUGUUUUCUUCUAUGGUAUGGAUUUCUCAGGAGCUUUUUAAAAGAUUUUUAAAAACUUCACUUACAGCUAUGUUGGAAAGUAGAAUGCUACAAUUGCAGAUAAACAAGGGACUGGAAUAUCAUGGGCACCAGUGCUUUGACCUGUACUCUGUUUUUCCUUUAGGAGGUGAUUUACAGGAAAAUUGAAUGUAACCUCAUAGAGGCAUCACUUCCAAGAUAAAUGUGCAGAUAUUUUGUUCUGUACUUGGCUGGGAUUUCAGUAGGAGGAUUAAGGGGUAAGAUUUGGUCAGUGGUGUAUAAAUUUUUAUCUUGCAGUGCAAUAUAUAUGUAAGAAAAAAAGCCCCAGUCCAUAGUUUGUACUGAUUAGUUUUUAACUGGAUUAAACUGAAUCUCAGUGCA